CAACACAAAUAGUAUCAAAGCUUGGUACAUUACGCGGUGAAUGCAAUUUUUUAAAUAAAAAUACGCGUAAUUUUAUAUACUUGAAGCGUAAUGGGACGUAGGAAAAGUAAACGAAAACCUCCAAGUAAAAAGAAAGCUAUACAACCUUUAGAUACGCAAUUUAAUUGUCCGUUUUGUAACCACGAGAAAUCAUGUGAGGUUAAAAUGGAUAAGUCAAGAAAUACAGCAAGAAUUACCUGCAGGGUAUGCUUAGAAGAUUUUCAAACAACAAUAAAUUUACUUUCUGAACCUCUGGAUGUAUACAAUGAUUGGAUUGACGCAUGUGAAAGUGCAAAUUGA